AUGGCCAACGCUAGGCAGACCGUUCACCAACAAGCCACCCAAGGCUUCACUGGUCUAGCGUCACCCAUUACUGUUCCACCUAUAGUUAGCGAGAACUCAUGGCAGAUUCCAUCUUAUGCCAUGCAAGCUAUCACCAAUAGCAUCCAGUUCCACGGUCGCGAGGACGAGGACGCACCGGCCCACAUAAACCGGUUCUCCCGUAUUCUCGCCACUUUUAGCCUUCAUGGAGCCCCAAAUGAUGCCACUUACCUUCAGCUCUUCCCGUUUUCAUUAGCCGGCCGUGCGGCUACUUGGUUGGACUCUCAACCAACCGGUACCUUUACCACUUGGGCGGGGCUUCGUCAAGCCUUUUUGAACAAAUAUUUCCCGCCCGCUAAAGCCUCACGUCUUAGAGACCAAAUCCACUCCUUUCGCAUGGAACCCGGCGAGCCUUACUACCUUGCGUGGGAGCGUUUCCAAAACAUGUGUGCUCGUUGCUCCCAGCAUGGUCUUUCCGACUGGGCUUUAUGUGAGAACUUUUAUAACGGUCUCACCCAAGAGACUCGUGAUAGGUUCGAUACUAAUGCGGGAGGGCAUAUGAUGGGUAUUCUUACAGUUGCUGAGUGCCUAGAGUGUUUUGAGGCAUUUGCUCAGUCUCAAUCCCAAUCACGAUCCGGUCAGCGGGAACUUAAGGAAAUUAAGGCUAAGGUAGACAAAUGUGAGUAUUGUCGAGGGGGUGACGACACGAGUGCGUGUCCGCUGCUAGUAGGUGAGGAGCAAGUCGAUUUUGUAGGAGGGGGUCAAGGUAGAGGUCAACCUAGUGGGUUUGGUAAUAAUAACUUUGGUUCGGGUUGGCGUAAUAAUAAUUUUGCUUCUAACAACAAUUUUCGCUCCAACGGACCCCUUGGUUUUCAAAUAGCUCAAAAUCCAAAUAGGGGUUUAGGUUCACUCUUUGGUGGGGGUUCAAAUGGGCAGGUUAAUGAUGGGGGGUCAAGUAGUCAGGUUCAAACACGUCAGGGUUCAAGCUAUGAUCUUGGGGGUAGUCUAGAAAGGAUGGAGUCCAUGAUGAGUCAAUUAAUUGUUAGGGAUCAAACCACCCAAAAGAAGCUUAGCGAACAUGACCUUAUGCUUAAGAAUCCCCAAGCUGCUUUCCAAGACCUUCAAAGGGUGGUAGGCGAUAUGUCUAGAAAGUUAGAGGAGAGAUUACCCGGUCAGUUUGCGGGUAACACCCAACCUAACCCGAAUGCUCAUGUAAAGGCCAUUGCCACUCGUAGUGGGAAAAUAGUAGGGAACCCGAGCGUAGAGGAGAGAGUAGUCGAUGAGGAUGGGGAUAUUGUAGACGAAGAGAUAGAGAUGGAGGCUCCCGGCAAAGUGCAAUCGAGGCUGCGCCCAGCAAGUACCGCACAGCCCGGUGAAUCUCCAGGUGAGAAGAGAGUAGAGAAACCUCCCGUGGAUGUUAGGCCUUCGCCUUUAGUAAACCAUGCGUAUGUCCCGUUCCCUUCCCAUCUUAAGAAUCAAAAAUACUUGAGGGAAUACGGGCAAUUCUUAGACAUCUUCAAGCAAUUGAAGAUUAAUCUUCCGUUUAUCGAGGCACUUCAGUCGAUGACUAAAUACGCGAAAUUUUUAAAGGACCUUCUUAGGAAUAAGGAGAAACUAGGGGAGUUGUCGAAUGUCCCAUUGCAUGGAGGAUGUUCGGCCGUUGUCCCAAAUUAG